UGUGUGCGCGCGUGCGCGUGUCAGUAACACGCCACCCACACAAGCAGCAGCAGCAGCGAGGCAGACAGCAGAAGAAAAGUGAGCAGAGCAACAGUCGACAUGUCUCAGCAUUCAGACCUGGAGAAGGCCAUCAACACGCUGGUCACCCAGUUCCACUCUGCUUCAGCUGACAAUGCUCCAACUCUGAAAACCGAUGAAUUCAAAGGUCUUUUGUCCUCCCAGAUGUCUAAUCUGGUCAAGAUCCCUUCAGACGACGUGUUCGGGGACAUCCUGCGGAAGAUGGGUGUGGGUGACGGCGAGGGCAUCUCUUUCAAGCAGUUCUGGAACUUAAUCCAGUCAGUAGCCACCAAACAGCACAACUUCCUCAGCGAGCAGAUGGGCUCCUCAUGCAGCUGUGUCCUCCUGUGAAGUACAAACUCUCAGCCCAACAGAUCGACUAAAGAAAGUAACAAGAUGCACAUCACUUUCCUAACCAGGUGUCGGACAGAAUACAAAGUAUAGCACAAUAAAGCAAGCUGUUUCACACUUUUCUGAUUCAAACAUAAAAAAUUUUUUUAUAUUGUGAUCUUUUAUCUUACAUCACACCUCUGCCUUUACAUCAGUUAAAGUUCAAAUUCAGUCUAGUUGACAUUCAAAUUCUCACAUUGUCCCAAAUCUGCAUGUUACUUUAACUACAAUUUCAACAACAACCAUACAUUAAAAUAAUCUAAUCAUCUUCAUAUGUAGUACCAGAUAAUAUUGAUUUCUAGCCAUUUGGUGAUCAUGAAUUAUUUUCAGUUAGUUUUUGAUUCUAAACCCUGCACAUGUUAUAGGGUGACAGAGGCAGAGACCCCUCCAUCAUCUUUAUCUUUUUAAAACAGAUUAGUAAAUCAAAUUAGUUUGAUGCAUAUUGAACCCUUCAAACCCUAAUAGACAAUUCAACAAGAGCUCAUUUGGGAAUUAACUGGUGAAAAAGGCAUCGGGCAAUGUCAUACUCUUAGUUACUUUUUUUACCAUGUAUAAUAUUGAUUCAUGGUGCCUUCAAACUAAUAGGAGGAUGAGCGGCUUUCUGUUUUGGUAUUCCCAACUUCAUAAGUACAUUUUAUUAUACCUCAAACUGGCAUGUUAACAGUUUUUGAAAAUGUUCUAUCAUCAAAUGGAAAAGAUUUGAGAGAACAAGAAUAGAGACUUUGUCAUCUCACUAGUAAACCACAGUUUCUAUUCGGUUAUUCUAUUUCAGAAAUGCUAAUUCACGAGUACCAUUUGAAGUAUGAGAGCAUGUAUCAUCCAACAGAGUUGAUCCUUAGAAACAUUGAGGAAGAACGCGGUUACCUUCAGAAGCUUUAAAUCAUUUAGAAUUUCUUUCUUUCUUUGUGCAGAACUGGCUCCAAUUCACAGUAUCUGUUAUUGUCUUAGCAAUGGCCAUUUCAAAUGUGAAACCUUGUCUAUAAAUAUAUGAUACUAAUCAUCUGAAUUUGACCAUGUGUGUGUCAGUAACAAAACACAACAGUGUACCUUGGGUAGAUACUAAAUGUCUAAUCAUGUUAAACACCUUACAUUGUGUGCUUUGUGCCCUUACGUUUCUUCAAGUAAUGCUUUACACUGUGCAAGCCUGCAUUUUCUAUGUAUUUAUAUUUUGUAAUUCUCUGUAUUCUGACCUGUGUGACACCUAAAGAAAAAUGAUGUAAUAAACAUACAAAUAAAUCAUUAGUACUGCAAUUUGA